UGCCCGGAUCCGAAUGUGAGACUGAGGGAGGAUAAAGCGUGUGUGAGAGACAGUGAGAGUGUGCAGUGACUCGAGCGCAGUGGAUCUGUCAGGAUGGGAGCUCGUAUCAGGCGUUACUCAGAAGUCAUGGCUCUGCCGGACUCCUUCAUUCAGAAGCAGCAGUUGGACGCAUCGAUGGCUGACACGUUUCUGGAGCAUCUUUGUCUGCUGGACAUCGAUCAGGAGCCAAUCACUGCGCGCAACACCAGCAUCAUCUGCACCAUCGGCCCUGCCUCCUGCUCUGUCACCAAACUGCAGGAGAUGGUGAAGGCCGGUAUGAACAUCGCCAGACUGAACUUCUCUCACGGCUCUCAUGAGUAUCAUGGAGAGACGAUCCGUAACAUCCGUGAGGCGGUGGAGACGUUGACCUCUGACCCGCUGUACUACAGGCCUGUGGCCAUCGCUCUGGACACCAAAGGACCGGAGAUCCGCACCGGCCUGGUUAAAGGGUCUGCAGACGCUGAGGUGAUGCUGGAGCGAGGAGCGUUGGUUCGGGUGGUGACGGCAGAGGCGGAUCAUGAUAAGACGGAUGGGUCGGUGAUCUGGAUGGAUUAUCCCAGCCUGCCCCGUGUGCUCAAGAAAGGAAGCAGGGUAUUCAUUGAUGACGGGCUCCUCGCUCUCAAAGUCCUGGAGAUUGGUGAGACGUGGGUGGAGACUCGUGUUGAGAACGGUGGCAUUCUGGGUAGUCGUAAAGGAGUGAAUCUGCCGGGGGCGGAGCUGGUGAACCUGCCGGCGGUGAGCGACCGCGACCGAUCCGACCUGCUGUUCGGUGUGGAGCAGGAUGUGGACAUCAUCUUCGCCUCCUUCAUUCGCUCGGCCGAGGACGUGAGGGCCGUGAGGGAGGCACUGGGAGCCAAAGGACAGAAUAUCAAAAUCAUCAGCAAAGUGGAGAGCAGACAGGGUGUUCAGAAAUUCGAGGAGAUCCUGAAGGAGAGCGAUGGCAUCAUGGUGGCCCGCGGUGACCUGGGCAUCGAGAUCCCGGCAGAGAAAGUCUUCAUUGCGCAGAAGAUGAUGAUCGGACGCUGUAAUUCUGCAGGAAAACCUGUGAUCUGUGCCACGCAGAUGCUGGAGAGUAUGGUCCAUCACACGCGUCCCACCCGUGCAGAGAGCAGCGAUGUGGCCAAUGCGGUGCUGGACGGAGCCGACUGCGUCAUGCUGUGUAAAGCGCGGGGUUUCUUCACAGCGGGUGAUAUGGUGAUCAUCGUCACCGGCUGGAGUCCUGGAUCUGGACACACAAACAUCAUGAGGGCGGUCACUGUGCCCUGA